UAAGAGCGAAUGAGUAAUUUCGAAUAACAGAUGCAUCGGCGUCUCCAUCUCGUUCGACUCUCUCACUCCCUCACGGAUCCCAAGCUCGGCUUCGUCCGCAGAGAGCUUGAAGGGUUUCAAAGCUCAAGACCUAGUCCAAUUCCAGUCCCAGUCCCUGUUCCCAAAUCGACCGAUCAAGGACGUUCCCUUGAGAUUUCGCAUCCAUGGCCAGAAUGGGUCGCGAUGAUGGAGCGCCUCCUUUCCAAUGGUUACUUGAAUCGCGGGGACUGCAUGGAUUCCAACCGCAUCAGGACUGCUUGCUUGGACUUCGCAAGGGACCGGGUCAAUCUCAUCAGAUAUUUUUCGCGAAGAGACAUUCAAGUCAUUGUUGGAUGUGGUUGCCCCAGUCUGGACAGGAAAGUAGUUAACUCAGGCAAGCGUUUGAGGGCUCAUGUUGGCAUUGAGGAAGGAAACGUUUGCAGCUCGUGCAAUUUACGUGGAAAUUGUGAGAGGGCAUAUGUGAAUGCUCUUGUUGAUGAGGCUGGAAGAACUAUUGAUGUUAUGCGCAUUUUGUUGACAUAUGCACUAAAUGAAACUUCAGGAUCAGUUGAGAAUCAGGCUUGUUUAAAGAAAAACAUCAAGGAAUCCUCUAGGAAGCUUUUAAGUGAAAUGCUGGAAUUCAGUGAGAAGGAGCAGGGGCCUGUUACCUCAGAAGUGACAUCUGGUAGACCUUUGUCUCAGCUGCACAAAUUUGGUGCCCACGAAAUGCCAAAAAGCCAAAUGAAUGUUCCCAUGAAGCAAGGCGAUUGGAUUUGUCCCAAAUGCAACUUUCUCAACUUUGCCAAGAACAUCAAAUGUUUGCGGUGUGAUGGGUUAUUCCAGGAGAGACUUAAAAAGUUGCAUGAGGAUAGUGACCACCUUCCUUUAAAGAAAGGAGAUUGGAUAUGCACAAAGUGCAAUUUCUUUAAUUUUGCAAAGAAUACUAGAUGCUUGCAAUGUCAUGAAAAGCCACCAAAACGGGACCUCAUUCCUGGUGAAUGGGAAUGCCCAUCGUGUAAUUACAUCAAUUUCCGAAGAAACAUGUUGUGUUUGAAAUGUGAUUGGAAACGUCCUAAAGGGACGAAUAAUGGAGAGAACACAACUGUCUCCCUUCAUGAUAUGCAAGGUCAUCACAAACACAAUGGCCUUAACUUUUCCAGAGAUGGUGCUGAUGGUGUCAAUAAAUGGAGAUAUGAUCGGCGGACUCCUCAAAGCGGAGAUGAAAAACCGGACUUCUGGAGUGAGGAAGAUGAAAACAUGAAUUCUUCAGAUAAUUUUUUUGAGUAUGAUAAUUUUCCAAUAGUUGGAGGUAAGAGUGCAGUUUCUCAGAAUCCUCUCCUGAGGGAGAGGUGGAAAGAGGAAAUGUUAAAGAAGUCUCAGGGGAUGUUGAAUGAUGAGGAAGAUGGUGGCUCAGGUUUUGCUAGUUUUAGUGGUGUAGAAGAGUUAAAUGAAUCCAGUGAUGAUGAUGAUGAUGUUGCUGCGUGGUUCAAAUGCAGAGGUGACAAUAGCAAGCCCUUCGAAGGGACCAAAACGUUUCUCUCUCUAUUUUCCAUUUCCUCGGUUGUAGGUUUUUUAGCGGGUUUCGAAUCCCGUUAUCUCCUGUGGCGUUUGCCUCCUCUUGCCGCAAUCCUCCCUUCUCUUUUGCUUCUUCUUGCCCCCCCCACUUGCACCCGCUUCUUCUUCUUCUUCUUCUUCUUCUUGUUGGCUUCUGCCAUGGGCUCUGAAGAAUCUCGGGUGGUUGUUCCAAGAAGUUUCAGACUUCUGGAAGAGCUUGAGAGAGGUGAGAAGGGUAUAGGUGAUGGAACAGUUAGCUAUGGAAUGGAUGAUGCUGAUGAUAUCUUCAUGCGUUCUUGGACUGGAACUAUAAUUGGUCCACAUAAUACUGUUCAUGAGGGUCGAAUUUAUCAACUGAAGCUCUUCUGCGACAAAGGUUAUCCAGAGAACCCACCAACCGUGCGUUUUCAGAGUCGAAUCAACAUGACUUGUGUAAAUCAGGAAACUGGAUUGGUUGAACCAAGCCUAUUUCCAAUGCUUGCAAACUGGCAAAGGGAGUACACUAUGGAGGACUUACUUACCAGUUUGAAGAAAGAGAUGGCUUCUCCUCAAAACAGAAGACUAUAUCAACCACCAGACGGAAAUGAUGAUCAGAGGAUUGAUCAGAAGGGUCUGGUUUUCAGGUGCACCAUUCUCUGAGGUUAAGAUACAAGCGCGGCAGAAAUUUGUACAUAUUAUCCGAGCACAACUUAUGAACCAUCCUGCUACUGAAAUUUGUCGGUGAGGCAAGAUUGAAUGCAUGCUAAACUCAUAAACAAUAAUUUAUGUUAAAUUAUAUAGCUAAAACUAUUGUGUAAAAUAGUAGAGCUAAGAUGUUUAGAGCUUUUGUUGUUGUGGUAGUAAUAAUCUGUUGUAAGUUAAACACUCAAUAAACUUUGCUGUUGAUAUUAGUGAAUCUCAUUUGUAUAA